AUGUCCCCCGACAGUCACUUGGCUCCUUUGAAAUACUUUGAGUUUUCUUUCGUCUUCGCCUUCGAUGCCGUCGCCUUCGCCUUGGAGGAAGAAGACCAGGGCCCGGAGGGAAAGCCGAACCCCCUCAUCAACCAGAAGUUUUUGUUGAGAAUGAUGCAGGAAGGUUUUGACGCCUUUGUUGCUGGAUUGGUCUUCGUCUUCGGUCUCCGAAGUGGCCAUUCCCCGGACGACUGGCACUGCGUCGCCUUGGCCUGCUCAGCAGGAUGCCAUCGCUCGCUGAGCAUCGCCAUCGUCUUGGCCUUCGUCUUCGGCAUGUCGCUUUGGGCGCCUUCGCUGAAGAAGGGUUUCGACGACCCGGCGAAGAUCCCGGUGCUGGAGGCUGCUCUGGGACGCAAAAACGGCAGCCUCUUGCUGGAGAGGAUCAAGGAGCUCUGCGAACAUGCAGAGCUCAAGCCAUUUGUCAGAAGUAACAUUAGAGGAUUGUUUGGUAAUUUUUGGUUGCCAGUGGCCCACUGGGUCUGUACUUAUUUUUGCUUGUUGACAUAA